CUCAGCAAACUUCUAAUUAGACUUUUCUCCCUCAGACAAGACUUCACUGAUCAAUACUCCUAUAUAUAUAUAUAAGAUAUAUAGGUAAAUUCCCAUAUGUCCUUUUAUUUGUUGUCUCUUGCCUCACGCCCCCCCUCUCCUCUUCCUAUCUAUUAUAGGACCCUCUUUCUUUCCUAUAGUCUCGAGAAACAAACAGUUAUUUCUUUUCAUUUUUGCGAGAAACCUUGAAGCUUUACCAUGGAAAUCAUCUACGAGGAAGAUUCAAAGAGCUCAAGUACUGAAGAAAGCGAUCGAUUAGAACAGAAGGAUCAUGACAAGGGGACUGGCCGAUCCUACGAAUGCGUGUUUUGCAAGAGAGGCUUCACUACAGCACAAGCCUUGGGCGGACACAUGAAUAUCCAUAGGAAAGACAAAGGCAAGGCGUCUAGACCCAAUAUUUCAGCUCCUAAUAAUUCAGUCGUUUCAAGCGGAGCCGAUGAAAACUAUAGGAGUCUUAAAUCAUACCUACCAUUUCAAAUCUAUCCCACCUCUCAUUAUCCCAAAUUAGCUCCUGAGAUAGUACCCGUAAUUUAUCAAAUGCCUUUCUCAGCACCAACAUGGGAUCUGAGGCUGCAGCCACAUACAUAUCAAGGUGCUGAGUUGUCUGUGCAAUAUCCACGACAUCUAGAUCUCUUUGAUGAGGAGUACUGGGAAACAAGUCUAAGAUUGCAAGUUGGUCCAACGCAUCAUCAUGUAGAUCAUGAUCAUGAUCAGGGAGAAAAGAGAUCAGAAGUUGGCAGUGAACAAGGUGAAUUGGACUUGGAGCUUCGACUUGGUCAUUAUCCAUAGGAUUUUGUAAGAUAUGUCAGAGCUUAAUUUUACGGAGCAAUAUUGAUAUUUUCUGUUGUACAGCUCUGGAUAUAUAUAUAUAUAUAUAUUACAUAUUAAUUCAGCAUCGUAUUUCUUUCAUAAAAAAAGUGGGAUCGGAGAAGUUAUUAAUGGUAUUUUCUUAGUGUUGGUAUUUGAAUUUGAGGCCUUCUUGGCAAUAGUACUCUAUAUAUAUUGAGGAAUAUUCAUGCAUGCGAUAAAAAUGUUUUCCACUUAAUUGGAUUAAUUCAAGAUCAAAGGA